AUGCGCUUAUCAAUCCUGAUCUCGACCUCAAGAUCUCGCUGCCCCCUUUUGCCACCAGGGACGUUUUCACCCCUCCUCCUCCAAAGCCGUUUCCGGUACUGGCUCCGGUGGCCUUGGAAGAGUCGGCGUUUUCGUAUCUGUCGUGGCAAUCGGUCAAUCUUCCAUCCGAGAUGCACGACUCGCUCCAGCUGUGGCGCAACGUGUCUCCUUGUUCGGCGUCGCCAAAGCCAACCUCCACAUCAAUACUCUCCAGUACUUCUGAAGGAAACUCGUCCGACGCCGCGAACAGGCCCACAUCCGAGUCUAUGGCUUUGGUUUCAUCGGAAAAGGAAAUCAUGGUUUUCGAAACCGACGAAGAAGACAGCGACGACGACGAAAUCACAACACACGUCCCUUCCGCCCAUCAGUUCAAUGACGACGAUAAAACCCUCACAAACCGUUCGGUUCCACGGAAACGCGUGUCCGUGCCGCUGA